UUUCAUUAGUCGUUCAACUCCGGUUCUAGUAUCCAUUGGCAUACUACACUCUAUGGAUUGUUAAUGAGCCUUUUAUUCUGUCAUACUUAAUCUUAAAGGUACCGUAAUCUUCUACACAGAAAGGAGCUGAAUCACAUUACUCAACUCCAGUUCGACUGCCCCUGCACUUCCUCAUCCCAUAUUCGACGAAAUGGGGCUAGAGGCACUUGACGUGACUCCGCCUACAUCGGACAACGCUGAUACACCCGCCAAAUUCUGGAAGACCCAAGAUCCAUACAUUUUCAAACCAGCGGAGUGGUUCUUCAAAGAAAUUGCGUUUGGAAACCCAGUAACCCCCAAUACAAUUUUGUAUGAAGAAUCGGAUCAGCAAGCUGACGACUUACCGCUUCCGGUCACAAGCCAUGGACGGAUAUUCCGUUUUAAUGACCAGUUGGGCUUUCUGCUCAUACAAUUCAUGCGUCCGCAAGUCUGGCGUAUCAGAUUCCACAGCUCAAAUAAAUCACCGAGGGACUUCACUGACCACAACUCGAGAACAAUCGUCCAGGACACACUUACGAAGACUAUUGGCAUUUUGGACCUAACUGAAGGCCUAUCCUGGCAUGUUGAACUGAUACACCCGAACAAUGAAUACUACGUUUUGCAAUCCGUCCUCGGUUCCGAAUCAGUAGACGACCCGUCUCGCAGGGUGAUUGUCCAACUGUGGAUUGAACGGAACCCAAUCACCAUCACUGCAGUGCGAGCAAUCAGAACGACCGGUCUCGUGAGGCAGCUACCGACAUUUUCAGCAACUGUCGAUGUCGAUCCUGGGACUAUGAAAAAAUUGGAAAUUGAUACACCUCCCGACUCACAGGCUGCCGUUAUCUGGCGGACUAAGAAUAAUCCGCUUCAAUGGCUAGGUAAUGCGACGAUUCUGUCGAUUGAAAAGCCACAGAGUGCGAAAUACACGGGGUUCGGUGAGCAAGGAGGGCGUAGGAUGUUCAAGGACCACGUGUGCAUGAACUAUUUCAAUUUUGACAACAUGCGAUACUUUAACGUCUAUGGGCAGGACCGCAUGAAUGGGCCGUUUUCGGACAGCGAGCCCUUGUAUCAUUCUGAGCCUUACUGGAUUGAAAUGAAUGCGCAUCCAGGUGCUCAGUCCCAGCUAGCCACGUUCGUGGACAACUACUCCGACGUAAAGCUCGACCUUGGCUGCGUGGACUCCACGCAGCUCAGAAUUGCAACAAGGUUCAAUAGCUUUCAAAGCAUAUUCAUCGCUGGUGAUGACGUUGCUCAGGUUAUUCUUUUGUACACAUCACUGAUUGGCAGACCAUAUCUAAAGCCACGCUUCGUCCUAGGGAACCAUCAGGGCUGCUACGGCUACGACACACGCAAGAAAGUGGAAGAUGCAGUCAACCAAUAUAGGAAGUAUCAAAUCCCACUAGACGGAAUGCACAUCGAUGUCGAUAUCCAGCGUCUCUAUCGAACCUUCACCAUCAACACAGACGAUGACCAUUUCCCAAGACCAGAGGAAAUGUUCAGCGAGCUCCGCAAGAAAGGAGUCAAGUGCAGCACGAACAUCACGCCUGUAAUCAGUCUCCACCACGACCCCAAAAAUCCCUACCCCACUCUUGAUGAAGGCCUGAAAAACGGAUACUUUGUCAUGGACCGCCGCGAUAUUGACCCGUCCGCGAGCUCCUUCGACAAACAGGUAUCUCUCAACUUCGGGGGCGGAAACAGAUACUUCAAGAACCCGAACAACUUCGACGAUCUUCCACAGUACGAGGUAAGGGGCAACUACCAGCUCGAGAGCCUUUUCAAUAAAGACCCUGCCGUCCCCUUCCGAGGCGGCGUCGAUUACGGAGGCGGUAGGGGAGCGCCAGGCUAUUACCCCAACUUGAACAAUCAGGAGGUGAGGAAUUGGUGGGGUAGGCAAUACACGUACCUUUUCCAGGCAGGCCUUGAGUUCGUCUGGCAAGACAUGACAUCUCCAUGCAUGGCUGAAGCUUUUGGCGACAUGAAAUCCUGGCCUUUCCGUCUCCUUCUAGACUCCGACGGCUGGAGCGGGGAUCCCCGGGCUGCCGAUCGUAAAAAGGCGAUUGAAAUUUGGUCGCUCUACAGCUACAAUCUCCACAAAGCAACAUUCCACGGUCUACAGGACCUCGAAAGCCGUAAGAGCAAACGUAAUUUCAUCAUCGGGCGUGGCAGCUUUGCAGGUGCUCAGCGCUUUGCGGGGCUCUGGACCGGCGACAACGCUUCGACGUGGGAAUUCUUCGACAUCUCCGUAGCACAGGUACUUGCGCUUGGACUUGCGGGAGUGACAGUUGCUGGAGCUGAUGUCGGCGGGUUUGAACCAGUACAUGAUGGUGAGUUGUGGGCAGACCCUGAGCUCGUGAUUCGAUGGUAUUGCGCGUAUAGCCUGCUGCCGUGGUUCCGGAACCAUUACAGCGGCAAAGAGGGAAAGAAAUUGUUCCAGGAGCCAUAUGCCUUUGCCGAAAUUCAGAACACGCCGAAUUGGAGGUUUGUACCCGAAAAGGACCGCAACAUAUACUACUCUGUACUGCCGAUAUGUCGUUAUGUUGUUCAAUUGCGGUACAGCCUCCUCCAGCUACUCUACGAUGCCAUGUUUGAAAACAUGAUCAACGGUUUGCCGAUUGCGCGAGCCAUGAUCAUUACCGAUCCAUUGGAUUCAUCGCUCUAUCAGGCAAACCAGUGGUACACACGGAGUCAGUAUCUAGUUCGCAAUGAUCUCCUUGUCGCACCAGCUCUCUACAAGGAGUCUCAGCGGAAGACAAGAAAGCUGUACCUACCUGCUCCGGACGACUGGUAUCCCAUAAACCUGCGCCCAGGAACAAAACUGUAUCUGGAUGGUAUCUUUGCGCAGCCCUUAGCUCCAAAGGUCAAUGGUGGUACAUAUGUCAAUUUCGACUGCCACAUCUCACCAGAUGAGAAGCAGCUACCGUACGCUACACCGAUGUACAUCCGCGAGGGGGCCAUCAUACCGCAAAUGGCAGUGCAAGACUGGGUGCCCGAUCGUACGCGGGACGACAAGGAUGCUCCACCGAAUCCGCUUACGAUUAAUGUUUACCCGGGCAAGGACAACAGCUACGACAUGUACCUUGACGACGGGGUAUCUCGUGAGAGUGCCCCUGACAACAUAUACCUUUCUGCGCUGCCGAACAACGCCAAGGAGCAGGUGGUGACGAAACGGGCCAAUGCAUAUGGAGAUCGCGAGGCAAAAAGCAUAUUCCGAAAUGUAAGAAUUGAGCAAACGAUCAUAAGAGUGUUUGCUAGCGACCAGAUGAGAGACAUACGGCGGAUUAGAGCGUCAACGCCUUUCUCACAAUAUGGAGAUGACCUGGUGCAAAAAAGCGUCGGCAGUGAGUACCGUAUUGUGAUAUGGCAUGCCUCGAGGUGGCCUGCAGUGGAGAUGGACCUAGAUUCGGUCAAUGUGAGGAUCGAAGGUAAUGUCCAGGUCAACUGUGAAACAGACAAGGCGCUGCGAGCAACGGUAGCGUGGGUCCCUGUAUCUGCUACUACGGACGUUAUGUUUUAUGUUAGUCAUGCGGCCUAAGGCAGGACCAGCAACAAUCUCUUCUCUUCUUAAAAAAUUGUAGGCACAGUUAGAUCAGACUUAGUGGAGUGGAUAGCUUACCCAACUGUACAGCUUACCCAUGUGCAUAGAUUACUGAUAUGCAUAUUUCACUUAUACUAACUAACUCAUAGAAUACCUUGACUAAUCCUUUAGAGUAGUAAGUGGUUCGUAAGCCAUCAACUAGGUACAGGCCUCUAUCAACAAACUGAGUAGUAACUUUAAUAGCCUUCCGACUAAGCGCCGCAAUCCUAGCAGGGAAACAAGUGUAGGCAAAGUUCCAUACUAGUAACUAUAGCUUUACCAUAACUAGUUAAACACAUUUGAGCGUUGUUAGUCAUAGCUUGGUGGUCACACUAGUUACAUAUGAGAGUGAAUUUCAAUCCAUAUCA